CGUAUAUCACAUAUUUACGAUGUAUUUUUUACAGCGGGGUACUGUAUGAAACUGUACUUAUUGGGCAAUAACGAAACAGUACCCGUCGAUAUAUUGGAAGUGGUUCUGGGGCGAUAUAACUUGGACCCAUUGCGCGGAGAUGGAUCUGCCAAUCGGAAAGUCGCGAGCUACGUGAUUCACCCCGAUUAUGUGCACUUUCUCAAAGCUACUUCCGAUCUCGCGGUUGUGACCCUCACGAACGUCGUCGAGUUCAAUCCUCUCAUCAGGCCUAUUUGCCUAUGGUCCGGCUCAAGUAAACUUGAAGACGUCGUUAGUAGGACGGGAUAUGUCGUAGGAUGGGGUGGAGACAAGUUUCGUAAUGUUAACGAUCAACGGAUGGUGAGAGCGACGAUCGUGAGUCAAGAGACCUGUCUCUGGGCGGAUGCUAAAUAUAUUCGUACAAUCUCGCAUGACACUUUUUGCGCUGGUUCGCAAGACGGACUGGGUCCUUGUCACGGUGACGGUGGGAGCGGGCUGAUACUUGUAAACAAUAUUAAAAACAGUUAUGAGUUGCGUGGUGUUGUUUCGCGAUCUCUAAUCAAUGAAAGUUCGUUCUGCGGUCUACAGAAAUACAUCGUUUAUGUUGAUGUGGCCAAAUACAUACCCUGGAUUCAACAACAGAUUUCGAUAUAACGUUCGCCUUGCGUUGCAAAAUGCUGUACAUGUUAAUCUAUAAGUUUCUUUGUGUAAGUUCAAUGAAAACGCAGUACUUAUGUACUAGUUACGCGUGAGGAUUAAACAGGUAUGAAUUCUGUUUUUGGUUAUUGAUGCCUCUUGUAAUGUGUCUCCAAUCUGUGUACAAAACGAUAUGAAUAAGCUGUUACACAUAUAA